AUGGCCCUGACCCACGAAGAAGAGACGCUGUGCGUCAACACGGUGCGCAUGCUUGGCGCCGACCAGCCGACGGCCGGCAAGUCGGGCCACCCCGGCGCGCCCAUGGGCUGUGCGCCCAUGGCCCACACGCUCUUUGGCAAGGUCAUGCGCUUCAACCCGACCAACCCCAAGUGGGCCAACCGCGACCGCUUCGUGCUCUCCAACGGCCACGCGUGCGCGCUCCAGUACUCGAUGCUGCACCUCACGGGCUACGACGUGCCGAUCGAGAGCCUGAAGUCGUUCCGCCAAUGGGGCUCCAAGUGCCCCGGCCACCCCGAGAACUUUUGCACGCCCGGCGUCGAGGUCUCGACCGGCCCGCUUGGCCAAGGUCUCUCGAACGCGAAGGUGGCCCUCGGUGCCUACGUGCUGCAGACCAUCGUCCACGGCGAGCGUGUCGUCGAUUACGAAGGCGCUGUCGACCUCGUCAUGAUCGCGACCGGCUCGGAAGUCUCGCUCGCGAUCGAGGCGGCGACGCUCCUUACGGACAAGGUCGUCCGUAUUGUCUCGGCACCGUGCGUCGACAUCUUUGAGAAGGCGUCGGUCGCGUACAAGAAGGAGGUGCUCCUCGAAGGCGUCCCGAUCCUCAGCGUCGAGGCGGCGUCGACGUACGGCUGGGACCGCUUCUCGCACCUGCAGUUUGGUCUGGACCGCUUUGGCGCGUCGGCGACUAUCGAGCAGCUCCGCGAACAUUUUGGCUUCAACGCGCCUGCGGUCGCGGCCGAAGCCCAGAACUUGCUCGAGUUUUACGCUGGCCGUGCGGUGCCGUCGCUCUUCGACGUGCCGGCCCGCCGCAUCGUCAAGGAAGGCCACCAUUAA